CCGUCACCACCAUUUCCACUCCUCUCCAGAUCCACCCUUCUUCCUCCUCCAGCCUGCUUCCCGCCUCAACUACCUACCUCGCCAGCCAGCCAGAUCCCGCGAGCUCCCUCCCUCCUCCCAUCCUCUCGCGUGCGUGCGUGCGUUCGCGCGCGCGCCCCCCGAGAUCUCAAGCUGGAUACCGUCGAGAAGAUCGUCGAGGACUUCGCCUCGGACAUGGCCCUGAACCCCUUCUCCUCCGGCACGCGCCUCCGGGACAUGAUACGGGCGAUACGCGCGAGCAAGACGGCGGCCGAGGAGCGGGCGGUGGUGCGGCGGGAGUGCGCGGCGAUCCGGACCGCGAUCAGCGAGCGGGGGCAGGAGGAGCUGCGCCACCGGAACAUGGCCAAGCUCAUGUUCAUCCACAUGCUCGGCUACCCGACCCACUUCGGCCAGAUGGAGUGCCUCAAGCUCAUCGCCGCCGUCGGCUACCCGGAGAAGCGGAUCGGCUACCUCGGCCUCAUGCUGCUCCUCGACGAGCGGCAGGAGGUGCUCAUGCUCGUCACCAACUCGCUCAAACAAGAUCUCAACCACUCGAGCCCCUUCAUCGUGGGACUCGCCUUGUGCGCGCUCGGGAACAUCUGCUCUGCUGAAAUGGCCCGGGAUCUGGCGCCUGAAGUCGAGAAGCUGCUGCGCAGUAGGGAUGUUAAUACAAAGAAGAAGGCUGCUCUGUGCUCUGUAAGGAUUGUAAGAAAAGUACCAGAUUUGGCAGAGAACUUCAUGGGUCUUGCUGCAUCAUUACUCAAGGAAAAACACCAUGGGGUUUUGAUAUCCGCAGUUCAGCUCUGCACGGAACUGUGUAAAGCCAGCAAAGACGCACUGGAGUACCUAAGGAAGAACUGCAUCGAAGGUUUGGUCCGUAUACUUAGAGAUGUCUCCAAUAGUUCUUAUGCUCCUGAGUAUGAUGUUGCUGGAAUUUCGGAUCCUUUCUUGCAUAUUCGAGUUCUUAAACUUAUGCGUAUGUUGGGUCAAGGAGACGCAGACUGCAGUGAAUAUAUGAAUGAUAUUCUUGCUCAGGUUGCCACAAAAACUGAGUCAAACAAGAAUGCUGGAAAUGCCAUCUUGUAUGAAUGUGUUGAGACUAUAAUGGGCAUCGAAGCUACUAGUGGUCUACGUGUCCUGGCUAUCAAUAUUCUGGGUAGAUUCUUGUCAAACCGCGAUAAUAAUAUAAGAUAUGUUGCUCUGAACAUACUUAUGAGGGCCAUUACAGUAGAUACACAAGCCGUCCAGAGGCACAGGGUGACAAUAUUAGAGUGUGUAAAGGAUGCCGAUGCUUCAAUUCGCAAAAGGGCCCUUGAACUUGUUUUUUUGUUGGUUAAUGAUACAAAUGUAAAGCCUCUCACCAAAGAGCUCGUCGACUACUUAGAUGUAGCUGAUCCUGACUUCAAAGAAGAUCUCACAGCCAAAAUAUGUUCAAUCACUGAAAAGUUUUCUCAAGAGAAGUUGUGGUAUCUUGAUCAGAUGUUCAAGGUUUUAUCCCUGGCUGGAAAUCAUGUGAAGGAUGAUGUAUGGCAUGCCCUUAUUGUUGUAAUAAGCAAUGCAUCUGAACUUCAAGGAUAUGCAGUGAGGUCAUUAUACACGGCCUUACGAGCAUAUAGUGAACAGGGAAGUCUACUGAGAGUAGCUGUUUGGUGCAUUGGAGAAUAUGGUGAAAUGCUAGUGAACAAUGUUGGCAUGCUUGAAGCUGAGCCACCAAUCACGGUAACAGAAUCUGAUGCUGUGGAUGCUGUGGAGCUUGGUUUUAACCGUUACUCUGCAGACGUGACGACUCGGUCUAUGUGUCUUGUUGCUCUUUUGAAGCUCUCCUCACGGUUCCCAUCGAUGUCUGAGAGGAUAAAACUAAUAGUUGCCCAGAAUAAAGAGAAUAUGGUGCUUGAACUACAGCAAAGGUCAAUUGAAUUCGGUUCCAUUAUACAAAGACAUCAGUCUAUCAGGUCAUCUUUGCUUGAACGUAUGCCUGUAUUGGAUGAAGCUGCUUAUCUUGUGAAGAGGGCUAGUGCUACACAAGCAACUACUCCAGCAUAUAAGCCUGCUUCACGAGUCACUCCUGGAGACCUUAAGCUUCCGAAUGGUGUAGCGAAACCUGCUGCAGCUCCUUUAGUUGAUUUGCUUGAUUUGAGUUCUGACGAUGCACCGGUCCCUAGCACUUCGGCUACUACAACACCUAAUGAUUUUCUACAAGACCUUUUGGGUAUUGGUGGGACAAAUCUACCAACUGCAGGAGUACCUUCAGCGAGCACAGAUAUUCUGAUGGAUCUUCUAUCCAUCGGAUCGUCUCCGUCACAGAAUGGCCUACUAGACUCGACCUCUCCUGGCCAAGCAGAGAAAAAACCUGUUUCUGCUGUACCUCAAGUUGUUUCUCCUGUACCUGAACCUAUUGAUCUGCUCGGCAGCUUGUCAUCAAGUGCAUCUAGUUCUGCAGGGACUAAAUCCAGCACUGUUGUACCUCAAGUUGUGGAUCUGCUCGAUGGUUUGUCAGCAAGUACAUCUGUUUCUGGACUUGAAGAUGCACUCCCAUCAAUAACGGCUUUCCAGAGUGCAACUUUGAAGAUCGUCUUCGAUUUAAGAAAGCAGCUUGGAAAGCCACAAGAGACUACCAUCCAUGCCACUUUUACAAAUCUGACAUCUACUACUUACACAGAUUUCAUUUUUCAGGCAGCUGUUCCUAAGUUCAUUCAAUUGCGACUGGAUCCAGCUAGCGGCAACGUUGUUCCAGCCAGUGGAAAGGGUUCAGUCACACAAGGGUUCAAUGUCACCAAUAGUCAACAUGGGCAGAAACCCCUUGCCAUGCGUAUACGGAUGUCGUACAAAGUGAACGGAGAGGACAGGUUGGAGCAAGGUCAAGUCAGCAAUUUUCCUCUUGGAUUAUAGUCUGUUUGUGUGUAUCAUAUACUGUAUUAUGUUGUGAUAGCUGUAUUAAUAUGAGAGAAGUUUUUUAUUUGUUAUAUACUUAUCUUGGGGGCUCUUGCUCCCAUCUGAGGUCACUUAAACAAAGCGGCAUGUAUGUCCAUCAUUUUACCAACAUAUAUUGUAUAGCGGUAGUAGUAGUAGCACACAUUGUAUUUCAUGUCUGGUGCAAAUCACACCUGAGGAUAUUAUCAAAAUUGUUCGGCCUCC